ACACUAAACUAUUUAUACUGGCCCCUAGUCAUGUUUAAAAUGGCCGAACUGGGAACACAACUAACCAUCGCCCAUUUCUAUCACCAAAUUGUGCUUCUUAAUCAGCCAUGGAAAGAAGGGAGAUAUCUCGCCUUCACUUCCUUGGGUCAGCUCCACCAGCUACUGAUUCAUCCCUGACCCCUCUCCAACCCACUACACCAACUCCCAGUCAGAGCAGACCCACUGCAUCCCAAACCCCUGCUCGGUCCACUGCCACAACUCCCAUUCGGAGCCAACCUAAAGUCACCCAACCCACCACCACAAAUCCAACUCGGAGCAAACCACUACCACUCGUAUUCCAACUCAACCUACUACCACAACUCCCAGUCGCAGACGACCCACCGCCACCAGUCGAAGCCAACCCAAUGCCACCCAAAUCCCUACCCAGCCCACCAUUGCAACUCCCACUUGGCGCCAACCCACUGCCAACCGAACACGUACUCAACCCACUACAACUGCCACUCAGAGCCAACCCGCUGCCACCCCAACACGCACCUUCUCAACUAGCAUCAACAUCUCGCACAGCAACACAAACACAAGCUGCUACUCUGCCCCCAUCACCAUCUCAUGCAUCCCCUCCACUGCAAGCUACCUCUCAGACCUCAACCCCAUCUCAUUCAACAUCCCAGCCCCAAAGUACAGCUCAAACAGCACCUCAGACUCGAUCCCCAUCUCGUUUGACCUCUGAUCCUGCAGGCAAAACAUCUUCAGUCCCUUCUUCCCCUGCUAUAGAAGCUACUCAAGUGCAAGCAACUGCAGGAGCAUUUACUCGGACUCAUUCUCCAUCUAAAACAAUACAAUCCACGACUCAAGAGUGCUUUCAGCCUCGGCCUCAGCCACAGCCUCCUCCAAGUUCCACUGAGGCCCUACCACCUGUCUCUGAAAAAGGGAACAAAAACCAGCUGUGUCCCAACCACAAUCAGUAG